GAUGAGAGGAGGAAGAGGAGGAGGAGAGCUAGAAAGCUGAGGAUGCAGGUUUGGUCCACAACACACAACCGCCCCAACUCGAAGCACACGGCAAGAGCGGCUACACGUCGGUGAAAUACAACUUCCAGUGCUACCAUCAGCUGACGACGAGGAGAUGCGUUUGCAAAAGCGUUGAUUCGACACCUUUGCAUCCUGUUGUUCUUCCUCCUGUUCCUCCUCUUCCCUUCUCUGACGAGGAGCAUCCCAUACACUGAUUUUACUCUGACGGGCACGCAGACAGGCAUACUGACACAAGCCAGACACGAUGCUUGGAUCGCCCCGAUAUGGGACAGCCGUGGGAUUUAUAGUGCUGUUGAACGCGCUGCUGCUUGCGACGCAGGCUGCAGAAGGAGUCUUAACGGACCAUUUUCUGGUUCAGUUGCAUGAGGACGCACAGGAUGAAGCGCACCAAGUUGCAACACAACAUGGGUUCCAGAGUGCCCGAAAGCUUCCCUUCGGAGAAGGGCUCUUUCACUUCUAUCCUCAAGAUACUUCAAAGAGGAGGAGCAAACGCAGUGCCCGCAGGAGACAACGGCUCCAAAAAGACAAAAGGGUGAAGAAUGUCAUUGAACAAGAGGGUUUUAGUCGUCAGAAGCGAGGGUACAGAAAUAUCAACGAUAUUGAAGUUAACAUGAGUGACCCUCUAUUCACCAAACAGUGGUAUCUGAUAAACACAGGCCAGGCAGACGGGACCCCUGGGCUGGAUCUUAAUGUGGCUGAAGCUUGGCAACUGGGCUACACAGGCAAAGGAGUUACCAUUGCAAUCAUGGAUGAUGGUAUUGACUAUCUACACCCAGACCUGGCAUCAAAUUACAAUGCCGAUGCCAGCUAUGACUUCAGCAGCAAUGACCCGUUCCCAUUUCCACGCUACACAGAUGACUGGUUUAACAGUCACGGCACAAGAUGUGCCGGAGAGGUUUCUGCAGCAGCCAAUAACAACAUCUGUGGUGUGGGAGUCGCCUACAACUCCAAGGUGGCAGGUAUCAGGAUGUUGGACCAGCCCUUUAUGACUGACAUCAUUGAGGCAUCAUCCAUCAGCCACAUGCCGCAGGUUAUUGACAUCUACAGCGCCAGCUGGGGACCAACUGAUGAUGGCAAGACAGUGGAUGGACCCCGAGAGCUCACAUUGCAGGCUAUGGCUGAUGGCGUAAACAAGGGGCGUGGAGGGAAAGGCAGCAUCUAUGUCUGGGCAUCAGGAGACGGUGGUAGCUAUGAUGACUGUAACUGCGAUGGUUAUGCCUCAAGUAUGUGGACAAUCUCCAUCAACUCUGCCAUCAAUGAUGGGCGCACUGCUCUGUAUGAUGAGAGCUGCUCAUCCACCCUGGCAUCUACGUUCAGCAAUGGACGCAAGAGGAACCCGGAGGCUGGCGUGGCUACUACAGAUCUGUAUGGGAACUGCACACUGCGCCACUCGGGAACUUCAGCAGCAGCUCCGGAGGCAGCUGGUGUCUUUGCUCUGGCUCUUGAGGCUAACCCUAACCUGACAUGGAGAGAUAUGCAGCACCUGUCAGUCCUGACUUCUAAGAGGAACCAGCUCCAUGACGAAGUUCACCAGUGGAGAAGGAAUGGCGUGGGACUCGAGUUCAACCACCUUUUUGGCUAUGGUGUGCUGGAUGCUGGUGGCAUGGUGAAAAUGGCAAAGGAAUGGAAAACUGUGCCUGAGCGUUUCCACUGUGUAGCUGGAUCCAUUCAGGAGGCCCAUAAAAUCCAGUCUGGUAACAAGGUGGUGCUGGCCAUAACCACUGAAGCCUGUCAGGGAAAGGACAACUUUGUCCGCUACCUGGAGCAUGUUCAGGCAGUAGUCACUGUCAACACCAGCCGCCGCGGUGACCUCAACAUCAAUAUGACCUCACCAAUGGGCACAAAGUCCAUACUGUUGAGCCGAAGGCCCCGUGAUGAUGACUCCAAGGUGGGCUUUGACAAGUGGCCCUUCAUGACCACUCAUACCUGGGGAGAGGAUCCCCGUGGGACCUGGGUCCUCGAAGUGGGCUUUCAAGGUGAUGAGCCACAGCGGGGGGUCCUGAAGGAGUGGACUCUCAUGCUGCAUGGAACACAAAGUGCCCCUUACAUAGACCAGAUAGUACGUGAUUAUCAGUCCAAACUUGCCAUGUCCAAAAAGGAGGAGCUUGAGGAGGAGCUGGAUGAGGCUGUAGAGAGAAGCCUGAAGAGUUUGCUGAGUAAAAAUAACUAAAAUCCCAUCUGCAUGUUGCCAACUCUUUCACGUAUCUUCCUUCUGCAGUCUCGCUUUGUCCUUCUCUAGAAUUUCACUGCAUCUCUUAAGUUCUUCUAAGUCCCUUGUUAUCUUCCCUUUUGUCUACCUCCAUCCUCUCCUGUCUCUGCUUUUUGUUAUCCAUGUUAAAAUUAGCCCCUUCAAUGAAUGUUUCUAGUAAUCCAAUUAUGAUGAAAGUGUAAUCUUCAAUAAUCUAUUCUAUAAAGAGAAAGCAAAUUAUAUCACCUGGAUUUUUACACUCUACAGAACUGUACAUAAAGCAAACGCAAGCCACUCUUUCAUGCUCUUGCUUUAACUGCCCUACACCUCUCUUCUGCCAAAUGUUGUACAGUUUGUGACUGUAAAUGAUUUUCUGUGCCAUUCUACUUAAAGUUUAAAAUCUUGCAAACAGAGCAGUGAUAUUUCUUUCUGUUUAUAUUUUUGUGACAUGCACUGUUUAUAUAAACAUGGAAAGAAUGUGUAAUUCAUUUUGCAGCCUGUGGUCAUCAGUUCAUAUUUCAUAAUCUUUGAUGGACUAUAAUAAAUCUAUUCAGCUGUUUAUUAAA